ACACAGCAACUACGGUUUUAGUAUGCAGAAGGGAAGAGGGAGAACAAGCCGGGUCAGAAGACGAAAACUCUCUAGAGGCUCUGAAUCAAGAGGAGUGAAUGAAAGCUACAAGUCUGAAUUUAUCGAACUAAAAAAGUGGCUGAAAGAUAGGAAGUUUAAAGAUACAAACCUGGCACCUGCUCUUUUUCCAGGUACAGGAAGAGGGCUGAUGAGCAAAAUAUCCCUGCAGGAGGGACAGAUGAUUAUUUCGUUACCUGAGAGUUGCCUACUUACCACGGAUGCUGUGAUUGGAAGCUACUUAGGGGCAUACAUUACUAAGUGGAAGCCUCCUCCAUCUCCUCUGCUGGUCCUGUGUACCUUUUUAGUUUCGGAAAAGCAUGCUGGAGACCAGUCGCCCUGGAAGCCUUACCUGGAGAUUUUACCCAAGGUCUACACCUGCCCUGUUUGUUUGGAACCGGAAGUGGUAAACCUUCUUCCUGAACCUUUAAAAGGAAAGGCUGAAGAGCAGAGAGCCCACGUGCAGGAGUUCUUUGCUUCCUCCAGAGACUUUUUCUCUUCCCUGCAGCCUCUGUUUGUGGAGGCUGUUGACAGCAUCUUUAGCUACAGUGCCCUCCUGUGGGCCUGGUGUACCGUUAACACCAGAGCUGUGUACCUGAGGCAGAGGCAGCAGGAAUGCCUUUCUGUAGAGCUGGAUACCUGUGCGCUCGCUCCAUAUCUGGAUCUGCUGAAUCAUAGCCCAGAUGCCCAGGUAAAGGCAGCAUUUAAUGAGGAAACUCGCUGUUAUGAAAUUAGAACAACUUCAAGUUGGAGAAAACAUGAAGAGGUGUUCAUCUGCUACGGUCCCCAUGACAACCAAAAGCUGCUCCUGGAGUAUGGAUUUGUCUCCAUCCGGAAUCCUCAUGCUUGUGUUUAUGUCCCAAGAGACAUACUUGUUAAAUAUCUUCCAUCAACAGAUAAGCAGAUGAACAAAAAGAUUUCUAUUUUAAAGGAUCAUGGCUUUAUAGAAAAUUUGACAUUUGGAUGGGAUGGGCCAUCUUGGAGAUUACUCACAGCUCUUAAGUUGUUAUGUCUGGAAGCUGAAAAAUUUAAAUGCUGGAAAAAAGUACUUCUUGGGGAAGUAAUUUCAGAUUCAAAUGAGAAGACAAGUUUGGACAUAGCCCAGAAAAUAUGCUAUUAUUUCACAGAGGAAACUAAUGCUAUGCUCCAAAAGGUUUCUCAUAUGAAGGAUGAAAAAGUGUCUUUGAUAAACCAACUGACUUUGGUGGAUACCCUGUGGACAGAAGAGCUCAAGAUUCUCCAGGCAUCUGCUGGGAUCCUGUGCAGUUUGCAGGCAGCUCUUCCCUGACCUCAGCCCAGUGCAUUGAUCACCUCCU